UCUUAAUAAUAUGAGAGUUAAACGUUGUCGUUUGAGUUGUUGCUUUUGUAUUUAACAUGCGAUGUGUGUGUUCAACAAACCUUAUCAUAAUUGAUCACAAAAGUUAAUCUUAUCUCCUUAUCCUUUCUUCUGUCAUUCUCCCCUUUCUUCUUAUCUUCUCCCUUUCUAGUUACAGAUAAGUUUCAUUCUUAUCAUUGGUAUCAGAACAGUACGAUGCCUCCUAAGGAUUCCCACGCUGACCGGAUCGCUACGAUCGAAGGACAGCUCGUUGGUUUCUCGGCGUCGAUCGAAGAGUUAGAGUGUCGCGACGGCGAAGUAUGAGCAGAAGUUUGCAGAGAUCGAUAACAAGGCGGAGGAACGCCAUCGUGCGAUGAUGGCGAUGUUUCAAAAGCAGACGGUGACGAUCUCGAGUCAGGACAAAACUGAUUCAAAGGUUGAAGGUUCGGUGGAGGUUCAGCGUUCGUCGGAAGGAUCUACUCAGGUGAACCAAGGGUUACAGAUCCGCCCUGAUAAGGGUCUGUUACACGUUCCUGAAGAUGUGCUGCCUAUCAGACCCGCAGAAACUACUCCUGUGGCGUACAAAGCUGGAUCCUCAGGGUUUUUCCCCCAUCAGAAUAUUGAGUCACCACCUAAAAGGCUCGAUCUACCGGAGUUUGAUGGAAAUAACCAAGACGAUUGGAUUUUUCGUAUGGAGAAGUGUUUCUCAGUUAACCAAACGGAGGAAGAAGAGAAGCUGACGUUGGCGAUGUCAUGUUUGAUCAAGGGAGCUGUGACUUGGUUGAGGAUGAUCCAAGACAGGGAGGAACCACUGGAUUGGAGAGAUUUUACGGUGAAGGUGAGGAAGCGAUUUAAACCCUCACGAGGAGGAACUGUUCUGAGUCAGAUGUUGCGGUUGAGACAGACGGGAAGUAUUUCGGAGUAUCGUGAGCAGUUUGAGGAGCUGUCAGCUGAAGUGCCUCAUGUGACGAACGAUGUGUUAGAGGAGAUAUUCUUACAUGGGAUGAAACGGAGUUUGAGGGAGCAGGUUGUGAGGUUGAGACCAGUGGGAAUGGAUGAGAUUGUAGAUAUGGCGAAAAUCAUCGAGGCGCAGGAGAAUGAGCGCAGUUCUUACCAGUCUCGUUCGUUCCAACGCACCAACUCGGUCCCAUCGAUCAACACGCAACAGAGGGGUUACCAAUCCAACUCCAGCCCAGGAAGGCAAGGAGACAACACGUCAGCAAGGAAGUCUGCAGAGUCUCACAAGGACAACAAGGGUACGGAGAGUAGAAGAGCAGUUCAAAACCCUUGUCGUCAUUGUGGAGAGAGAUUCUUUGCUGGACACCGUUGUAAGGCCUUCCAACGCUAUCGGAAGUUGGAACUAGAGGAUAGUGAUGCGAAGGAAGAUGACGAGUUAAGUGAGGAUGAGAAGUCAGUAGAACAAAAUGGUGUACAAGAGCAGGAGCUACAUGUUCUGUCUCUUAACUCAUUGGUGGGGAUCACAACGAAGAAGACCAUGAAGAUGAAGGAUCUCAUAGGCGAUAAAGAGGUGGUGGUCCUCAUUGAUUCAGGUGCCAGCUGCAAUUUCAUCUCAACGAAGCUUGUGGAGGAGAUGAAAUUACCAGUGGUGGAGACUGUAGGGUUUGGAGUAGCAGUGGGAAAUGGUGAAGUAAUCUCAGGAUCAGGGAAGUGUGAAGAUGUGGAAGUAUCGAUUCAAGGAGUUAAAAUAACCGAGGAGUUCUUGAGAUUUGAGUUGGGAAGUAUCGAUCUGGUGUUAGGAUAUUCUUGGUUGGCGAAGCUAGGAGAGACGCGCAUCAACUGGGGGUUACACAUUCUGAGAUUCCAAAAGGCUGAGAAGUGGGUCUCAAUCUGUAGUGAUCCUGGAUUGUUGAAGGCACAAGUGUCACUGAAUGCGAUGGAGAAACUGUGUGAGAAGGAAGAAAUCGUGUUCUUGUUGGAGUUGCAAACAUUGUUCGAUAGUGAAAAUGUGACUAAGGAGAAGAGACCUAGCAGUGCAGUGACGUCCUUGUUGCAGAAGUUUAAGGGGGUGUUUCAAAUGCCUAAAGGGUUGCCUCCUACACGAUCGAGAGAGCAUGCUAUCACGUUGCAGGAGGGCACAUCUCCGAUCAAUGUAAGGACAUACAGAUACUCCCACCAUCAGAAGAACGAGAUUGAGAAGCUAGUAAGAGAGAUGUUGCAAGCUGGAAUCAUUCAACCCAGCAUCAGUCCGUUUUCAAGCCCGGUGUUACUCGUUAAGAAGAAGGACGGGGGCUUGAGGUUCUGUGUGGAUUAUAGAGCAGUCAACAAGAGAACCAUACCUGAUAGAUAUCCAAUCCCAGUUAUCGAGGAGUUGCUUGACGAGGUGGCAGGAGCAACAAUCUUCUCUAAGCUUGAUUUGAAAUCAGGAUACCAUCAAAUCAGGGUGCGAGCUGAAGACGUGGGCAAGACGGCAUUCAAAACCCAUGAAGGUCACUACGAGUUCUUGGUAAUGCCUUUCGGCCUUACCAAUGCUCCCGCGACGUUUCAAUCCGUCAUGAAUGACAUCUUCAAGCCUUACCUAAGGAAGUUCGUCCUGGUAUUUUUUGACGAUAUAUUGGUCUACAACAAGAAUGAGACAGAGCACAAGGAGAAUUUGGAAGGUGCUGCAGCUCUUGCAAGACCAUCAGUUCUAUGCGAAUGAGAAAAAGUGUUCUUUUGGGCAGUCUGAGAUCGCAUACUUGGGCCAUAUCAUCUCUGGCAAAGGCGUGGCAGCGGAUCCAGAGAAGAUCGAAGCUGUGAAAUGCUGGCCAAGACCCAAGAACGUCACUGCUCUUAGAGGUUUCUUGGGGCUUACCGGCUAUUACAGACGCUUUGUAGAGGCAUAUGGGAAAAUUGCAAGACCUCUGACUGAGUUAUUGAAGAAGGAGGGAUUUCUUUGGUCAGAGUUAGCCUUGCAAGCUUUCAACAAACUCAAGGCAGCUAUGACACAGUUACCAGUGCUCGCGUUGCCGGAUUUCACCAAGCCCUUCGUGGUGGAAACUGACGCCUCAGGAGUGGGAAUAGGAGCGAUUCUGUCGCAGGAUAACCGUCCUAUUGCGUUCAUAAGCAAGGGAUUUUCAAGCACAUGACGAGUUAAGUCUGUGUAUGAGAGAGAGUUGCUGGCAAUCGUGUUUGCAGUUACAAAGUGGAGACACUUCUUGACGGGGCAUAAGUUCACGAUUCGAACAGACCAAAAGAGUUUGAAACAUUUGCUGGAGCAGAGAGCCGUGUCAGUGGAGCAGCAGAAAUGGGCUUCGAAGUUGCUGGGGCUGAAUUACACGAUUGAGUAUAGGCCUGGGAAAGACAAUAGAGUAGCUGAUGCCUUGUCUCAAAUUCCAGGUCAAGAAGAGAUGCUAGAGUUGCAGUUAACUGCGCCGCUCACUAUUGAUAAGGAGGAGUUAGCAGAGCAAGUGGCGCGAGAUGAGGUUCUGCAGUACAUAAUCAAUGUUGUGAAGAAUGGUGAAACGGGUACAGAAGGGUACAGUGUGAAGGAUGGGUUGCUCUUGAAGGAUGAUUGUCUGGUAAUUCCUGCUAAGUCUCCUUUCAUCCCUUCCUUGAUGAAGCAAUUUCACAACAGCAAUGUGGGAGGUCAUGAAGGGGUACUGAAAACCUUCAAGCGCAUGUCAAGAGAAGUGUUGUGGAAAGGCAUGCAUGCUGAUAUAACUGAGUUCAUCAAGGUGUGUACAGUUUGUCAGCAGAACAAGUACUCGACGUUGUCUCCUGCGGGUCUCCUGUCUCUGUUGUCCAUUCCAUUGCAAGUUUGGACUGAUAUCAGUCUCGACUUUGUCGAAGGGUUGCCAUUCUCAAAAGGGUUUGAUGUGAUUCUCGUGGUGGUGGAUAGGCUAUCAAAAUACGCCCAUUUCAUCCCGUUGAAACAUCCUUUCACGGCGAAGUCAGUAGCAGAGGUGUUCAUUCGUGAAGUGAUCAAGUUGCAUGGGUUUCCAACUACGAUGGUGUCUGAUUGAGAUAAAGUCUUCUUGAGUCAGUUCUGGUCAGCAUUGUUUAAGAGUCAGGGAACAGCACUCCACAAAAGCUCAGCGUAUCACCCCCAGUCUGAUGGCCAAACGGAGGUAGUGAACCGUUGUUUGGAAGCGUAUUUGAGGUGUUUUGCAGGCAGGAAACCCUCUUCGUGGUCGCAGUGGCUUCCCUGGGCGGAGUACUGGUAUAAUACGUCGCAUCACUCAGCCACAAACACGACUCCGUUCAAAGCAUUGUAUGGGCGUGAUCCUCCUAAGCUACUCCGGUUUGGUGACGUCCCUACUGCCAAUGCGGAGGUAGAAGAGAUGGUGAGAGGUCGUGAUGAAUUUCUGCAGGAGUUGAGAGAGAAUUUGGCAGGGGCGCAAGCUCGAAUGCAGACCUCUGCUAACAAGAAGAGAAGAGAUGUGGAAUUUCAGGAGGGCACUUGGGCGUAUCUUAAGUUUCGCCCUUACAGGCAAACAAGAGUGGCAUAUCGCAGAGCAGAGAAACUGGCGCCACGUUACUUUGGACCUUACCUGGUGGAGAAGAGGAUUGGGAAGGUAGCUUAUCGGUUGGCUCUUCCUGCUCACAGUAAGAUACACCCAGUCUUCCAUGUGUCGCAGCUGAAGCUUGCUGUGGAGCCUAACACUCCAGUUCAAGAGCUUCCCUUGAUCCUAUCGUCUUCCUUCGAAUGGAAUGCUGAACCGGAGGAACUGAUAAGCAUCAGGAGAUCGAAGGAUAACAAGCAAACUGAAGUGCUGGUUAAGUGGUCUGGGUUGCCUGAAUUUGAGAACUCGUGGGAGCCGUUGGAUCGAUUGAGAGAGCAGUUUCCUCACUGCCAGCUUGAGGACAAGCUGAGUUUUCUACGGGAGGGUAUUGAUAAGCUGGCGGUGCCGUUGGCGUUUGUGCAAAAGAGAGGGAGAUCGUUGAGGAAGAGAAGUGGCUAAAUGAGCAAGAGGAAGUGAAGUAAAGACUCGGGCUCGGAGAGAGUAUUAGAGUCUUAAUAAUAUGAGAGUUAAACGUUGUCGUUUGAGUUGUUGCUUUUGUAUUUAACAUGCGAUGUGUGUGUUCAACAAACCUUAUCAUAAUUGAUCACAAAAGUUAAUCUUAUCUCCUUAUCCUUUCUUCUGUCAUUCUCCCCUUUCUUCUUAUCUUCUCCCCUUUCUAGUUACAGAUAAGUUCCAUUCUUAUCAGAAAGAUCUAAUAAAACACAGUGGUGUCUAGCCGGAGUUACCUGCUCGUCAAUGAGAAGCAUGUUGCUUCCCAGAAUCGGAGUUGACAGACCUGGGCGGUGUUUGAAAAGUAUCUAGCUUUCAGAUCGUCCAGGAGAGUAAAGGAAUUAGCCAUUGCUGUAUUUGAUGCUUCACAUAAAAAAACCUUUGGGAUUUCGUUUGAUGCAGAUUCAGGCCGUUACCAUGUAGGAUGCAAUGGUCGAUGUAAUUUGAAAGUGGGCAAAGUGGUGAAUAGACGUUAAUGCUUUGAUUAA